GGGGACAGUACACAGUCAGUAUACAGUCAAGAUGACGUCAUGGGUUUUUCCCCACAUAGGUCAUUGAGGUCAGGGGUGAGUACACAGUCAAGGGGGAGUAUACAGUCAAGGGGGAGUAUACAGUCAAGGGGGAGUAUACAGUCAAGGGGGAGUAUACAGUCAAAGGGGAGUAUACAGUCAGAGGGGGAGUCCACAGUCAAAGGGGAGUAUACAGUCAAGGGGAAGUCUACAGUCAAGAGGUAGUCUCACUUACGUCAUAAGGGAGUCUUUUUUAAAAAUAUGAAUAAAUACCCUGUAAAUCUCAGUUGCGUUGGCAUAACGAUGGCAACUCAGGAAAAGCAGUACAAAUGGAAAAUUUUGGCCUGGAGUGCUUUAAGAAAAAAUGAAAAGAAAUGGACUUUACAAGAAAGUCAAUGGUUUGACAGAAAAGAAGAUUGCAUUGUUGAUUUUAAGGAAAAAAUGAGAAAUGGUUAUGACAUUGCAGACAGCUGGGGAUCUGAAGAAUACAUAUUGAAACGUAGAAUUAUGCCGAAAAAAUACUUUCCACAGACCUUGAGAGAAUCGGAUUUUUACAGUUCAAGAUGACAUCAUAGGGUAUUGAAAACCCCGCCCACAGAGGUCAUACGUUAUGUAUAUAUAUAAAUGGGAAUACGGUGGUUUAGCAAAAUCAUUUUGAUCAAAGAUGGCUGAACAAGUGGUAAUGAUGGAACUUCUAACAAGUGAUUGUGGAAAUGAUUGCAAAGGGAUGUUAAAAGAGAAGUUGAAGAAAAAAAUCGGGAUUGUAGUACCUAGCUUUUUUGCAGUUGUUCUUAUUAUUUCUUUGUGCAUCGCUGUCAGUGUUUUACACGAGAAGAAAAAACCUAAUCAGGUAGACUGUGUUUUACGCCCUACUUUGGAAAAAGAUGUUAUUAAAACAUGUUCAUACGUGGAUCGGUACCCACUCUCGAACGAAGUAUAUGCCAUGAUAUGCAUCAACGACACCAUACAGAUUGACAUACGACGAUUUCAUGCUGGAAAACCGGGGAACAAAGGAAUUACCUUGAGUAAAACACAGUGGCAGUACCUUAAAACAUCUGUCGAUCAUAUGGAUGAAUCUAUUUUAAAAGCACAGAAUCGUAUAUAAAGUGAUGCAUGAAUAAAAUGUUGAAUUGUCAAAGCUUGAAACUAUGGGCAAGACUGUGACAUUUUCAGACAAGAAAACGAUUAUCUAUAUUCCCUAUGAAGAUCGAAAGGGGGAAUGGAUGACCAUGGCUUUGGACAGAUAUCGUUUUCAAAGAAGAAUACAUCAUGCAUCAAAAGUUUUAAAUCCUAUACUGGAGAAAAAUGUACAAAUAAUGCGUACUCAAUUUCAUACACAAAACUUGGAAACCCAUAAUGUUAAAGAUCUGUAAUGUCAAAAUCUACAGCCAGUGUUUUCUACAGUCAAAUUGAAGUCUACAGUCACUGACGUCGUGGGGUAGUAUACAGUCAGAGGGUAGUCUACAGUCAGAGGGUAGUCUACAGUCACUGAUGUCAUGGGGGAGUAUAUAGCCAAAGGGGAGUAUAUAGCCAAAGGGGAGUCUACAGUCAGAGGGGAGUCUACAGUCAAGGCGGAGUCUACAGUCACGAACCACGCGAUUAAAUGAUGUAUAAAUUUGAUCGAUUUGAAUGAUUUUCACCAGUCCUGAACAAGUCUCAGAGAGGAUACGGGUUAACUUCAUUUUUUUUAUUGUGAGAGUUUUGAUGUGGACAGAGAUGGAGGAUAAACAUCAAAACCUUAUUAAGGCAAACUACACUAUAUUGGUGAAGAAGAUGAUGGCAAUUCGAGUCGCGGAACAUUUGUAUGCUUCAAACAUAAUUACCGACGAAAUGAGGCAACGCAUAGAAGCCGAGAAAACCAGUUACGACCAAAGCAGAAAACUGAUUAGUAUCAUUUUACGUCGAGGAUCGAGGGCUUUUGUGGGAUUCCGAAUGGCCUUAAUGAAAGCCAAUCAAGCUGAUUUAUCGAGACUCUUGAUGAAUAAUGACGAUGAUACGAAGUCUGAAUACGAAAAGAAAUUAGCUAUGGCAAGAUCUUUAGUCAUUCCUACCAAAGAAAGAGGAGAUUCCGGAAACCAAUCAAAGAAAGCUACACACCCUCAGUCUCAGGAGCCAAGAUGUAGGAUAAGUCUGGAUGACUUUAAUGACCUGUUCCUCACCGUCAUGCCUUACAAGGGAACGGUUUACGUUCACAUUCGCCAUCUCGCAGAAUCCCAUGGUCGUCUCAUUGCCACAAAGAAAGGAGUCACCUUUCCUUUGGCUCGUUGGUUAAAAUUUGAAUCCCUUCUUCCAGAUAUCCAAGACUACAUAGACAACAUUGGAAAGGAGAAUGGAGAAGUGCAGUGGCAUAUUGGCGGAGGCGUGUUCGUCUCAUUGUCACCCGGCUACCCUACAGUGGAUAUAAGACACUUUUGGAAGCCCGACGAUGCCCCAGAACCCAUACCGACAAAGAAGGGUGUCACUUUGAACGGAAACAAACUAGCCAGACUUAGAGAUGCCCUUGAAGAAAUGCAUGAAUCUGUUCCAGAGCUCAAAGACACCGAACUCUGUAUGUUCAGCGAAUCUCAUCAAAAUCAACUUGGAAUGUUAGACUGUCCCGAAUGUACCCCGUUCGGUUACGAUGCCCAAGACAAUAUGUCCAAGGAAUGCAAUGUGGGAGAUUUACAGGACGUGAAAUCGAUUGAGAGUGAUCUUGAUUGACCUAAUGACCAUGAACACUGAAUUCAAAAUUAAUGAUGAGAAUAAUUAUAUAUACACAUGUUUGUUUUUCAUUCGAAAUCUAAUAAAAAUGAAUAGUAAUUAGUUGCCUGUCUUAAUUGGUUUGUUACUUGAAUAUAAAAGGUGAUAAUCAAAGAUGGAUCAUCAUUGGAACGCAGUAUGUCAAACUACACGGAUUACUUGAAGGAUCUCUACUACACUCCCGGUAAACCGGGAGCAUUUGCUGGUCCCGAAAAAUUGUAUCAAGCCGUUAAACAGGAAGGCAAAUACAAGAUUGGUAGAAGGAGAAUAAGACAAUUUUUAAACAACGAAGACUCAUAUAGUCUUUAUAAGCCUAUUCGUAAGACGUUUCCGCGCUCUAAAGUAAUAGUGAACACAAUCGACUCUAUGUGGGAUGGUGACUUAGCCGACGUCAGUAAUAUUGCAUCUCACAACGACGGUUACAAAUUCUUAUUUUUUUUAAUUGACAUAUUUAGUCGAUAUUUAUUUAUAGUCCCCUUGACAAAUAAACAUCAUCAAAACAUCAUCGAUGGUUUAAAAUCAGUUUUUCAAACUGGACGAAAACCACACACCCUUAGAACAGACAAAGGUAGCGAAUUCAAAAAUCGUUGGGUAAAGACGUUUCUGAAAAAAGAAGGAAUUAACGUGAUAUACACACAAAAUGAAACCAAAGCAAAUUAUGCGGAGAGAGUGAUUCGUACCAUGAAGAACCUUAUGUAUCGCUAUUUCAUGAAAAACAAAACUUACCGAUUUGUGAAUGUGUUGCAAGACUUGGUGAAAAGUUACAACAACAGACCUCACAGAUCUUUGGGUGGCAAUGCUCCCCUUACUGUCAACCAGGGAAAUGCUGAUGAAAUAAGACUCGAUGCUUAUCUUGCGGGAACAAAACCAAAAUCGGAUCUGAGAAAAAAGAAUGGUAACCAGCAUACAUCCAAGAAAACAAUGAAAAAAAGAGUAAAACCAUUUUUCAAGUUAAAAGUUGGAGAUAAUGUCAGGAUAUCACAGCUUAAACACCCUUUUCAAAGAGACUAUCAACAGAAAUGGACAGAAGAAUUUUUCAAAGUCGUUAAAAGAUACAAAAGGGGUCAAAUACCUGUAUACAAAGUACAAGAUUUGGCAGACGAUCCUAUAGAAGGCACCUUCUACCAAUCUGAGCUUCAAAAAGUUGUCAAGUCUGAAGAUGUUGCCUAUAGAGUUGAAAAAAUUCUUAAAAGGAGGCGUCGUGGAAAAACCAAAGAAGUAUUUGUAAAAUGGGAAGGAUGGCCUAAGAAAUUCAAUUCUUGGAUUCCAGAAAGCUCUCUGGAAAAGCAAUAAAAGUCACUAAUUUCUACAAGAUGUGUUCAUUCAAAAUGAGCGUUCGGAUGGUGUUGACGUCUACGGACAGUUCUGAUUAUUUUGACAAUAAACCAAAUUGUUAUCGAGUUCAAUUGAAUAAACAGAUUCAAUUCGACGGAUAUUGGACUGUUGCCCUGACAGAAUUUUCCUCAGAAAGCUGGAUUACAUCCAAAAAAGAAUCUGAGUUGUUUGUGUGUUGUGAUAUUUGUGAAGAAACUCUUAUUGGUGGAAAAGAAGCACCUCUCCUAAGACGCAUAUACCUGGGGAAGAAACCAGAAAAUAUCACUUACCCACUACCGUAUUACAUUCCAGUAAAAAUCGGCCAAUUGCAGCAGAUUGGCAUAUAUAUAACAGACAGAGAAGGAAACUUAGUGUCAUUCUUAGACGGACCGGUGACCGUAACACUUCAUUUCAAGAAGUGUCCUUACGUUCUGUGAAGAUGAAUAGCCAAACUUACGUCAGUGAUCCCAGAAUGUGGGAAAUCUUUUACAAGAACAUGGCAGAGAAAAAGUUCAACCCUUAUAGAUACAAGCCUAAACAAAUUGGAAGAGGUGUGAAAAGUUAUAAGUCUUAUGUCAUUCCAUUGAGACCUCACUCACAAUUAGAAUCAGUACAACAAACCAGCACUCAAAUGACCCCAGUGACUGCGGUGGAGGAAAGAGCUAAGAUCGAACAUGCCAAGGAUGUCAAAGAGGGUGUUCCAUUCGUCAAGGUGCAGGGGAGUAUAAAAAGGCCACGUUCUCAAUCGUCUGUCAUUCCUUCCAAGAAAUCGAAACGAACAACAUCUCAAAGGAAGAAGUCGUCUAAGCCUGCAAAACAACGAAAAAAGUCAGGAAAAACGACACAGAAGACAAUUAAGAAAAAGCGAGGAGCACCAGGCAAGAAAACACAAUCGAGAAAGAAGAAAGAGUUUAAGAUUGACAGUUACAGGAGUAUCUUUAAACAGUAGAAA